GAAAACUAUACAUGUAUAUAUACGUACGUGCUAAGCUAUUUUGACACAUAGCAAAGCAAAGACUCGUACUGAUCGAAGGCCCAACAGUUCGUCUUCAAAGAUUUAGCCCUCCUUCUUCCAUGGCUUUUCCGAGCGAGGUCGGAUUGCGCGUGCUGCUCUGCCCUCUUGGUUCCAACGUCAUCGUCCGCACUGCUUGCUGCUCUGUGGGGGUCGCUUUGCCUGUUUACUCUACUUUUAAAGCUAUUGAGAGCAAAGACCGAGACGAACAGCAGCGGUGGCUUCUUUACUGGGCAGUUUAUGGAUCUUUCAGUAUGGCAGAAGUGUUUUCAGACAAACUUAUCUCCUGGGUUCCACUCUACUAUCACAUGAAGUUUGCAUUUCUCGUUUGGUUACAACUUCCAACUGCAAAUGGGGCAAAGCAUUUGUAUAUGAGGCAUCUGCGUCCGUUCCUGUUGAGGCAUCAAGCACGACUUGAUCAAGUUGUAGAGUUUUUAUAUGCUGAAACGAGUAAAUUCAUCAGUUCACACCAAGGAGAAUUACAGUUUGCAAGGGAUCUUUUUAUGAAAAUUGUGGGCUCAGCAAGUGGAGUAGUUAGGCAACUUGCGCACCCAGGACAAAAACAACCAAAUCGUGCAAUUCGAGGCCCUGAAGAACAAAGUGAGGACACUGGAUCAGAUAAAGACGAUUAGAGUAUUCUUAGCAAGCACUGACCAAGUCACAUAUAAUAGAAUCCGUCGUUCAGAUUUUAUUUUCGAUGCUUAUUACACCUUGUACAUAUAUUUCCCUUGUAACUUUGUUUAAGACCUUGAGGUAAACAAGUUCAUUUAUGAAAUGACAUCCAAUAGUUUAUACCCUGA